AUGGGAGCAUUUGUCGGAGUUUCUGGGGAUUUCACCCAGCAUGCUAAGAACAAUAAAGAUUCGCAAAUAAAAUUGCCUCCAAGUCGGAACGAUAGUUCCAUAUUGAAGCCAAGCCUAGAAAGCUAACAGGUUUAAAUGUAUAGUACUCCGAAUGAAGAUAAUACUCUGAAAGGAAGAAAAGCAUUGAUGAAUCGUUUAGGAUUCCAAAAUUCGGGAUAAAAGCAAUUGUAUCAUAAUCCUUAUAAAAAGCAGUCUUAAGAAAAUUUAAAUAAGAUGACAAUUUAAGAAGUAUCGGAGGUUACUGAUGUAAAUAUUCGCUAGGACAUUCAACUAACUCGAUUCAGAUCUGAUAAUGAGCUAAAUAUGGACAAAUCAUAAGCUAUUGAAGAAUUACAGCAAGAAGAUAGAGAUAUUUCAGGGUAAAAUAUCAUUGUAACUGAUGAUUCAAAAACCGAGUUUGAUGGGCAAUCAGAAGAAAUUGAGCAGGUCAUAGAUUCAUUUGUUACACCAGACUCAGAGGGGUAUUCACUUGAAAUUAUUUAGAAAGCAAGAACAGGAGAUAAAAUAAGAAGUAGAUUUCUCAGUAAACUGACAUACAAUAAAGUUUGGCUUACUCCCUUAGAAAAACCAAAAACUCAUGAAACUGCAAUUAUAUUUGAUUGGGAUGACACACUUUUAUGCACAACAUUUAUAAAUCCUUCAGGCUUUGCAGAAAGAUUCGAUAUCAAUGGACCCAUAUCUACUUAACUCAAAUUGCUUGAGCAAACUGCUUUAAAGAUUCUUAACAUGUCUUUGAAGUAUGGUAAAACGUUUAUUAUCACUAAUGCAGCAGAAGGUUGGGUGGAAUACAGUGCUGAAAGAUAUAUGCCUUCAUUGCUACCAGUUCUUGAAAAAAUAACCAUCAUUUCAGCUAGGUCAAGAUACGAGCCUCAUUUUCCAAAUGAUUUUACUAAGUGGAAACUUUAUGCAUUUCAAGAAACUCAGGGAAUUAUAGAUGAAGCCAUGAUAACUAAUAUUAUUGCACUAGGAGAUUCCAUGAUGGAAAUGGAUGCUGCUCAUCACUUGGCUUAGAAAUUCUCAAAGGCUCUCAUUAAGACUGUUAAAUUUAGAGAAUUCCCAAAGCCAAAUGAAUUAGUAAAGCAACUGAACUUGGUCAUUAUAAAGUUUAAUGAAAUUUGCAAUAGUCCCAAGAACCUCACUAUAAGAUUAGAAAAGUAAGUUUUAUCAAUCGAUUAAUGCCCAAAUUUAUAGAAAAUAGAGCAAUCAAUGAGAGAGAAAUCAGAUUUAAUAUAGCUUUUAAAGAAUAGCAGUUUGAUCUAAUAUGCUAGAAGAGGGUUGAUGCUAGGAUUCAUGAUAGGUGUAGUAUUUAGAAAAAAGUUCUUCUUCAGUUCUUUUGGAGCUGGAGUUGGUGGAGGGAUUGCAUUAAAUUAAUGUGCUGAUGAGUUUAAUAGAAUUUAAGCUAGAGAAAUGAGAAUUGCUGAAUCACUAAGCACCACUAGGGAAACUUUUCCAACAAGACUUGAAAACCUAAGGAACACAUAUUUCAGAAAAUGA